UAAUAGAAAGUUUUGGGAGAGACAGGGCCGUUGGCAAAGAAAAAUAUGCGACUUUCAAGAUCCAAAUGCAGUGUCCAAAUCAAAGCCCAAGCUGAUAUCGAUGUCCUUCUACCGAUGAUUCCAACACGCGGUCCCAAGAAGUUCCUUUCACACCCGAGAUCAAGGGGAGUCAGAGACGCUUCUGUUCCAAUUCUCCAAAUUUCUCUCCAAACUUAGCCCAGCUAAAGUUCAUGGGUUUUAUAUUUUGUUUAGUACUCUCAACUUUCCUAUGGCAAUUUGAGGCCCUGGAGACUCCGUCUGGCAAAGAGCUGGAGCCUUUGACUCGAGAGUUGUUGGAAUCUGCAAGAAAACCUGAGUUCUUUGAAUGGAUGAUAGGGGUUAGGAGGAAAAUUCAUGAGUACCCAGAGGUGGGAUUUGAAGAAGACAAGACAAGUGAACUCAUCAGGACAGAGUUGGACUCACUUGGGAUUACCCACAAAUGGCCAGUUGCUAAAACUGGGGUGGUUGCUACAAUUGGUUCUGGUGUUAAACCGGUUUUCUCUCUCAGAGCUGACAUGGAUGGCCUCCCUAUUCGGGAAUUAGUAGAGUGGGAGCAUAAAAGCAAGGUUGAUGGUAAGAUGCAUGCUUGUGGUCAUGAUUCUCAUGUAGCAAUGGUACUUGGAGCAGCAAAGCUACUUCAGGCAAAAAGAGAUGAAUUAAAGGGAACAAUAAAGCUAGUUUUCCAGCCUGGGGAAGAGGGCUAUGCUGGUGCUUACCAUAUGUUACAAGAUGGUGCUCUGGAUGAUAUAGAUGCCAUCUUUGCUUUACAUGUUUUGCCAGCAUAUCCUACCGGUGUCCUUUCUUCAAGGCCUGGAGCAAUGACUUCUGGAGCUGGGCGCUUUUCAGCCACAAUCCAAGGAAAAGGUGGACAUGCGGCACUUCCCCAUCUUAAUAGGGACCCAAUUCUUGCAGCUUCUUUUGCCAUUGUUGCUCUCCAGCAGAUUGUCUCCCGGGAGACAGAUCCUUUUGAGGCUAGAGUAGUGACAGUGGGGUUCGUGGAGGGAGGUAAAGUAGGAAAUGUGAUCCCAGAUUCAGUGAGAUUUGGCGGAACCUUCAGAAGCUUGACUAAUGAAGGACUCCCCCUCCUCCAGAAAAGGAUUAAAGAGGUCAUAGAAAUGCAAGCAGCUGUGCAUCAAUGUACUGCCACAUUAGACUUUCUGGAGGACGUCGCAUUGCCUUAUCCCGUUUUAAGUAAUGAUGAAGCAUUGUAUGAACAUGCAAAGAAGGUUGGUGAGACCUUAGUUGGAGCAGGUAAUGUGCAGCUUCAUCCAAAAAUUACUGGCGCAGAAGACUUCAGUUUCUUCUCACUAAAGACUAAGGCUGUGAUGUUUGGGCUUGGGAUAAGGAAUGAAACCUUGAAAUCAAAUCAAGUGUUGCACUCACCUUAUUUUUUUCUUGAUGAAUCGGCUUUACCUAUUGGAGCAGCUUUUCAUGCUGCUGUUGCCGUUUCAUACUUGGAUAGCCAUUUUGUAGCUCAAUAGGAAGAUUUGACAUAAAUGUAUAUUUGAAAAGACAGAAGUAGCAUUUGCUUUUAUACAGCAAAUUGCUGGAAAA